AUGACGGCCACCGCAACCAUAGCCUCCACGGACAUGGGGCUUCUGCUGAGAGAUGACGUUUUUGUCGACUUUUUCAACACAUUUCUGGAUCUUCCCGUUUUUGGCCAGACACCCAUUUACAGCAGUAGCACGGGGCAGUGGGACCUCUGGCCAGAGCUGCCGAGCCGCCUGGUGAGAAAAUGCCCCUUGCGAGGAGGCCACAAGCGCCGUUUGCGGUGCUCAGAUCCCGUAGCAAAAGGGAACCUGCUCCUCUCGGUGCUGCCGAAGCUCCUGGGUUUCAUUCGGUCGGGGGAAGCAGCAAAACUGCUGAACUGGCAAAGUGCUGACCGGUGGCUGCUGGAGAAGUGCAUCAGCGGGAGCCAGGGCAUGUGGCGCUUUCGGGCCUUCGUCCAAGGAACAGCAGGGGAAGAACUGACCAACUUCUGGCUCACCGCGGAAAGGCUCCUGGGGCUUGACGAGUCGGAUGCGAGGCAGAGGGACCUCUACCUGUCCUUGCUCCACAGGCUGAAAGCCACUCACCUGCGCGAAGGCUCCAGGGUCUUCACUCUCUGCAGGACCAUCGUUGGGUCGGUGCCGAAAGCCAGGUCCGUUCAGCCCAUCAGCACCAGGAAGGAGGUCCUAAGCAAGAUGCAGGAACGGGCCCUUUUUAUGAUUCAGAGUUACUGGCUCCCUAAAUUCUUCAUCCACUGCAAGAUGGGCAUGGAGGAAGAGAAAUCGUGCCGGCCUCUGCUGCAGGAAUAUCGGGAGCGUUUAUUACAGGCCAAUUUGCAGGACCCCUCAGGCUUUUCAGAGAAUCUCUUCACAAGGCAUAUUAAAAGGAGCCAGGGUUUGUCAGGGCCCUACUGCAGCAAGAAGGCCAAAGCGGAGAUCUGGACUCUGGUCAAGGAGGGAAGAGACACCCAAGAAAUGAAGAUGCCCAGUUUUCAGGUCAAACCAGAAAGGCAGCCGGGGCCAGCUGGGAGCACAAAGGAAUCACGUCUGGAUAAGGAUGCUUUGGGAUCAAUUCCUCAGCAGUCAGAGCAUCCUGCAAACACUUCCUUUGGAGGCCAAGGAGGAGCAACCUCUCCCAAAAGACCUAGACCCAAUGCAGAGCAGGUCCUUCAUCCGGAAGACCUCUGUGAAGAGAAAGUCCUCUCUAACCUGCGUUCCUCUGCACCCCUUGUCCAGCUGCGAUCCCUGAAAAAGCCGGUCAAGACCUUGAGUUUCCUUCCCUGGGCCCUUAGCGCCGAGACCUGCGCGGGACGGCCAUUCAGGGACUUCUUGAAGCGACAGGACCUGUCUGUGGAGACUCGUCUCCUGGACCUGUGGCAUGACCUGGAGGAAUUUCUGCCUGUGGUGCUGGACCCCCGCAAAGAAAACAGUUUCUUCCUGCAUCAUUUGAUCGGGGAGAAGAUAUGCAAGACCUACCUGGAGGAGGGCACCAUUCAGCAGCUUCCCUUGGAGGCCAGGACUCUCAGGAGCUUGCGGAACCAUCUGAUGUCUGGAGAAUUCUCCCCCUGGAUAUACAGAGCCCAGAAGGAGAUUUGCAAGGUGCUCUGCUGCUUCUAUGACGAAUUUCUGGCUGAUGAUGACAGGACGUUCCUCCAGUUUACGUCUCCACGGAGCGAUGUCCCGAUGCCCGAGAUGCAAGGCCACCCUGUUGGGAAAGAUGAAUGUUUCCUCCUGUCCCAGCGGAUAAACCAGUCCUUGAAGCUGAGCCAAGCCUUGCAUGGCACAAGGAACUUGGAAGGUCUCUCCUCCAAGCACUGGCGAUUAAUUGCCACUCGGGACCUCCAGAAAGGGAGCUCCAUCCAGGCAGAGGUGGAACCUCUCCUGUGCAGCACCGCAGACUCCCAGAAGAUGAUGUCAAAUGAGCUGGUGGUUCAGAAACCCUCGCUGGCUGUGGAUAGCCCAGACAAGGAAAAUGAGCUUCUGUGUCUCAAAAGACCGUCACCUGCCGUUGAACCCAAGGACAAAAAGAAGAGGACUGUUGCCGUGAGAAAAACGAAAUCAAGCUCGACGAAGUCCACCCCUGUUGUGGUAGAGAAGCCAUCUAAAAGACCCAGGCACUUCGUGAAAGUACUGCACAACCCUGCCCACCUGCAGUUCUUCAAGCAGUUCCUCGAGGAGCGCAACGCAGAUGAACCACUGUGUUUCUGGAUGGCUGUGGAGAAGCUGCUCGCAGAGACCAACCCCAAGACGAAGAGCUUGCUCAUUGACAGCAUUGUCAGAGAUUAUUUCCAUGCCGAAAUCCCAGCUGAGGAGCGGCUGGACUGCCACACUUCUAUCAUCAGAGAAAUAAAUGAGGCCGAAGUAGUCAGCCCCUUCAUGUUGAUGACAGCACAGAUCUUUGUCCAGAAAGCAAUGGAAAAACGAUGGUUUAAAGAGUACCAGGACCUGUUCCCCCCGAGCGAUACGCAUAAAUCUAACCUUCGUUUGCAGCAUGGGAUCGGGAACUUCAUGAGAGACAAGCUGCGGCGGGCUUGGUGUGCCGUUCACGACGCCGUCAAGAGCAUCUGCAAGUUCCGGAGGGAGAUGGACAAUGACAAACACCGUGCGGAGUUUGAGGACUUCCUCCGGCGGGAACUAGGGAAUGAGGAGGAAAACUUGCCCAUCAGCUCGAUGCAGACCAGCAGCACUGUGAGCACUUUCCGCUCCCACACGGCCUCUGCCAGCACCCCACCGGACAAGGAGAUGGUACUAGUGAAACGCCACCUGUUUAACAGCCAGCUCAUUACCGUCAACUUCCUCGUCGACGACCUCCGCUUUUAUCUGGAGAUCGACAAGUUUUCCAGGCUGGCUGAUUCAGUUGAAGCUCUGGCAGCCCGCAACAUGAAGUCAGAAAAGGAAGUUGCCUUUCUCAAAAGGAAAGUUGCCAUCAUCAGCAAACUCUUCCUGAACUCCGAUAUUCCCCCCAAAUUGCGGGUAAACAUCUCUGAAGAAGAGAGAGAUUUAAUCUGGAGUUUAUCUUCCAAGGGGCUAUUGAACCGCAUUCUCUACCACAGGGCCAAGGUCAUCAUCUUUCCCAUCCUGAUGCACUUCUGGAGAAGGUACCUAUCCCUCUCUCGCAGGGUUCUGCACCUGGAAGGUGAUGAGGAGUUUUCGGGUCUCCACGAAGGACAGGAUGUCAAUCUCUUUGCCCAGUACAAAAACCUCCUCUGA